AUGGAGAAGUACCUAGUGCAGGAUCUCCUAGAAAUUUGCGAGGACUUGGGCAUUUCCACCAGCUCCGCAAAAACAAAGGAAGCGAUUCUCGAGGUGAUGUGGGCGGAGAACGUGACCGUCGGGGAAGCUGACGAGACUUGGGAGGAUAUUUGCGAGAAAAAGCGGAAGGCGAAGGAACGCGAAAUGCGCGAAAGGCGGAAGGCAGAGGAGCGCGAAAGGCGUGAAAAGCGGGAGGCCGAGGAACGUGAAAGGCGUGAAAAGCGGGAGGCCGAGGAACGCGAAAGGCGCGAAGAGAGGCAGGCUCAGAGGCGUCGCGAAGAGCGAGUACAUGCUCUUAGGAUGAAGGAGCUUCAUGAUGAAAUUGAGGCGACUAAGAAAGCGUUGUUAGGCCACAUUACUGCUGUGAAGCAGGUCGACUGUGAAAGUCAAGACGAUAAGUACAGUGCCAGGGCGUUGCAGGACGAGGAGCGGAAGAUUGAAGAGCGUCAAAGGCGCGAAGAGCAGGAUGCAGUUAGGCGUCGCGAAGAGAAGGAGUUUGAGGAACGCGAAAGACGCGAAGAGAGGCAGGCUCGGGAGCGUCGCGAGGAGCGAGAACAUGCUCUCGAAAUGAAAAAGCUUGAUCGUGAUAUUCAGGCGAUUAAGUGGCGGCGAGCACAAUGCCAACUAAAGAUCUUCGAGAUAGGCGAGAACAUUGUACCUUUUCUCGUUAAGUUUGAAAAGAUCUGCGAAGAUGUUGGUGUUGGCCAAGACCUUUUGGAGAGGCUUCUCGCGUUGCUCCCGUGCAAGGUCGCAUCUCUUUUGGAGCGCUUAUCCGCUGGAGGAGCGCGGGAAUUUGAUAAGGCCAAAGAUGUCUUGAUGCGGCACCUCACUGUUCCUGGUCCUGCGGACUGCGAAAGUCGAGAUGUUCAAGACAGCGCUGAAGAUGAGGUCCGUCGCGAAGCCCUAGCGUACGAAGCUCGUCGUGAGGCGCAGGACGCCGCUGUGCAUCAUAAUGAUCAGGAGGCCGACUUCGAAGGCCAAAGAAAGGGUUGUACUCGCGAGAUUAGUACACCGCCACCAAUAGAGACAGCUCAGGGCGAGCUAGCUGACUUAAAUUGUGUCGGGACUACCGUUGGGUCAGAUGCACAGACACCUAGCCGCAGCCCCGAGAAUCAGUUAGUUGAGCCGUCUCAAGCCUCGGCAAAGAAAAUAGAAUGCAGCGUACUUGCGAUAAACUGCUGCUGUGCCGUGGAGGUCACUCCGCAAGGAAAAGAGCUGUACGACCACAGUUGA